UUGUAAAUAUACAUCUCAACUUGGAUAUAGAGUUUUUUUCAAUCUUUUCAAAUUCUAAAGAAACCAACAUGGAGAGUGACGGCGGGAGACGCAUAGAGCCGUCAUGGAGGCUCAACUUGGACGAGUUCCGGUUGCCGGAGCGCCACCCGAACAAAAGAAAACAACGAAAAGUUGCAGAGUAUUACAAAAAGCAGGAGAGACUCUUAGAAGGAUUCAAUGAAAUGGAAAGCAUCCAUGAAUCUGGUGGUUUAGCAGAUGCUCCUACUGAGGAUGAACUGAAACAACUUGCCAAGAGUGAGAGGCUAGCUGUUCACAUAUCUAACAUUGCUAAUCUGAUCCUUUUCAUUGCAAAAGUUUAUGCUUCACUUGAGAGCAGAUCUUUAGCUGUCAUUGCAUCAACUAUGGAUUCUUUCCUCGACUUGUUAUCUGGCCUCAUCUUGUGGUUUACAUCCUAUGCUAUGAAGAAUCCAAACAAGUAUCGUUAUCCGAUUGGAAAGAAAAGGAUGCAACCAGUGGGCAUCAUUGUUUUUGCUUCUGUUAUGGCAACACUGGGAUUGCAAAUUAUAGUGGAGUCUGUUCGGCAACUGAUAGCAAAGAGUGGCCCUGAGAUGAACCAUGAUCAAGAGAUGUGGAUGAUAGGGAUCAUGGCAUCUGUAACUGUGGUGAAGUUUGUGCUUAUGCUUUAUUGCCGGCGAUUCAAGAAUGAAAUUGUUCGAGCGUAUGCUCAAGAUCAUUUCUUCGACGUCAUCACCAACUCCGUCGGAUUAGCCACUGCUGUUUUAGCGGUCCGUUUCUACUGGUGGAUUGAUUCUACAGGGGCCAUGAUCAUUGCAUUAUACACGAUUAACACAUGGAGCAGGACUGUGUUUGAAAACGUGAGGUCGCUAAUCGGAAGAACAGCGCCGCCAGAUUUCCUCACAAAGCUGACUUAUCUGAUAUGGAAUCAUCACGAGGAAAUUCAGCACAUUGACACAGUGAAGGCCUACACAUUUGGUUGUCAUUACUUUGUGGAAGUCGACAUUGUGUUGCAGCAAGAUAUGAUGCUGAGGCAAGCACAUAACAUCGGUGAAACGCUGCAACAAAAGCUGGAGCAAUUGGAUGAGGUGGAGAGAGCAUUUGUUCACAUCGACUUUGAGUUCACUCAUGCACCGGAGCACAAGACUCAAGUCUGAUCAACAAUUAUUACUUUAAUUUUGGGGCUUCUUUUUAUUCAUUACUCAUUAAUUUAUUUGUUUUUUGUCAUGAUUUUUUUUAUCCAUUAGGAAAGACUCAGAUAUAUAUUAGUAACUUUUUUUCACAAGUAGGCUUCCUUGUUUGGAAACAUUUUGUCUAGUAACUGAUCUAUUUGCAGACUAGUGCAUUAUGCGAUGGGUUGCUGUUUCAAAUGCUUCUACAUUUUCUUCACUUGUCGUGAUUUUCGUAA